AUGUCUGCGGCUGAUUUCAGGGUAAGGAAAGGAUCGGGAGCAAGUUCUGGUACCCAAAGGCGAGUGAGCAUCCUGAGUGUUGUCUCUGCAAGCAGAUCAGCGAGUUGCAGAAGCCGAUCCAGCAUUUCUGAUGGCAGAACCGUGGACAGGGUGUCCCACCUGGGCAACAAGUACGCCAUACGGGUGUUUGAUGACAAAGGAAAGGAUGUGACGCCCCGUCCGCUCUUCCGCCCAGACCCAAGCGCUGCUGUACCCAGGCAGGGCAAGCCCUCAGCCUCCAGCGCACACUUGGGGGCCACAGGAGCAGGGUUUCACCCCUUUUUCACACACCGGCCAUGGGGAGAGAACACCAGUUUAGAUGCCUCCUCAAGGGCAUAUGAAAGCAGCUGCACUUCUAUAUCAAACACAUCAACAACGGAGUCCGGACCAGAUGAAACAGCAGAACCUGGCUCUCAACAAGACACAACUGUUACCUCGUCUGAUGUGCAGGCAAAACCAGAGGAGAUAAAAGAAGAACUGACAAAAGAAGACUUAGACAGGAGCGUGGAUCUUUACCUGACUGAGACGGAAACGAUCUGGAUGUUGGACGUGCCAUCUGUGGUGGCGUCUGUAGAAUCAGAAGAGGCUGGAAGAAUUGUGGAGAGGAAUAAGAUUUAUGCUGACAUUUGCAAAAACAGACCUGGCAAUGAUCGCUUUGUGGAAAAAAUGAUGCAAACCAUCAACGGAGCCACAAAGACCAAGGAAGUGCAAUGUGACCAAAUCAUCAUGGAAGAGAAAGGGGUGAUGGCCACCUCCUGGGACUUGUACGAUUCAUUUAACGUUUUGGAAAUAAAACCUACAUCCAAAGCAGAAGGUACCAGAGCCACAGCCUGGAAAAGCAGCAAACCUCCUACAACCAAAGAGCACCAUCAGACCCCGUCUGUCUCCUCCGACUCAGACAGCACAACUUCUCGUACAGUGGUUUUGGAAAAUUCUAUCCAGGAAGAGGAGGAAUGCUCUUCAGGAGCUAUAUUAACAUCGGAAAACUUUCAGCGGGAUUUAUUUUUCAUGGAGAGGGUUCUCGUGGAGAACAUUUUUCAACCCAAACUCGCAACUUAUCGGCAGCUUCCUGUCCUCAGAGACCCCGAGGUUACAUCAGACAGAGGUACAGCAGCAGCCGUGAAAGAAGCUAAACAGAAAGAGCAGGGCAAGGAAAAGAAGGACAAGGAAGAGCAGAAGGAAGGAUUCAUUAACUCAUCAAUUCUGUCAGAUGUAAAUAAAGGCCUAGAAGAAGUUGUACAGCCCAGAUUGGAACGGCUGUGGUCGUAUAUUUGUGAUUUAACGAGCGGUCACAGUGUGAGCAGUAUGGCCUGGAGCAAAGUAAACCCCGAUCUUUUAGCUGUUGGUUACGGAACAUUUGAUUUUAAAGAACAGAAGAAAGGCCUGGCUUGCUGCUGGUCAUUGAAGAACCCCAUGUGGCCAGAGCGUAUUUUCCAGUGUGAGCACGGUGUUACUGCUUUGGAUUUCUCUCUGGCGAGCCCCAAUCUUUUAGCAGUUGGGAUGUACAAUGGUUCUGUUGCCAUCUACGACGUGCGGAGUCGUAAGGAUGCUGUGCUUUUGGAAAGCAGUGAAUCCACAAAUAAACACACGGGUCCUGUGUGGCAACUGAGGUGGGUGGAACAGGACAGAGGUGCAGCAGGAGAGGGCAAAGCAGAGAGAUUAAUCUGUAUCUCAGCAGAUGGCCGAAUAACCUCGUGGUUUAUACAGAAAAGACUAGAUUGCACUGAUCUUUUGAAAAUAAAGCGAACAGAAAAAGAGGAGAAGAAAUUACUGGGUGAGAAAGAAAGGAAAAGUGAAGCUCUGAUAUCUCAACUGGCAGCUGGAAUGUGCUUCGACUUCCAUCCAGAGGACACUAAUUUGUAUCUUGCUGGAACAGAAGAGGGUCAUAUCCACAAGUGUUCUUGUUCAUCCAGUGAGCAGUUUCUAAAGACAUACAGAGGCCAUAAGGGUCCUGUCUACAAAGUGGCUUGGAAUCCUUUCAGCACGGACAUGUUCCUGAGCUGCUCCGCCGACUGGAGCAUCAUUUUAUGGCACCAGGAUUCGCAGACGCCCAUGUUAACUUUCAACUCCACCACCACUGCUGUCCACGACAUUGCAUGGUCUCCAAAAUCAGUCUUUGUAUUUGCCGCAGCAAACGAAAGCAGAGUGGAAAUUUGGGAUCUGGGUGUCAGCGUCUUGAACCCCGUGAUCUCUUGCAUUGCCAGCCCAAGAGAGAAAUUCACCUCUGUGCUCUUUGCCACGAACACUGACUGCCUUCUGGUGGGAGACAGCAAAGGAGAAGUCCGUGUGUUGGAGCUGCAGAACCUGGCUGCUCCCAGCACUGACAAGGAUGUAUGUGUGUACGCUGCUAAGUACGAUGCUACAAAUGCAAUGCGAACGGGCCUGCCAAAAAGUGCUAUUUUCAAGGACUACUGUUCAAGGUGACAUAAUUGGUCCUGCUGUAGCAAUUUAACAGUAGCUAAACGAUACCACUUCUCAGUCGGUAAACAGCAAGAAAGGCUUAUUUUAGGAUUAACAUAAACCUUUUGUUCUUUUCCAAUCAUUAAAUUUCUCUUUGAAGC